AUGACUGACUUAACUACACAAGAAGCUAUUGUUCUAGAGCGACCUGGUAAAAUCACCCUAACUAAUGUCAGCAUCCCAAAGAUUUCAGAUCCUAACGAAGUAAUCAUCCAGAUCAAGGCGACAGGAAUAUGCGGGUCAGAUAUCCAUUACUAUACCCAUGGAAGAAUAGCCAAUUACGUGGUAGAAUCACCAAUGGUGCUGGGACAUGAAUCAUCAGGAAUAGUGGCCCUCAUAGGUGAGAACGUCAAGACACUUAAAGUAGGAGAUAGGGUGGCACUUGAGCCCGGAAUACCUGACAGGUUUUCACCGGAGAUGAAAGAGGGCAGAUACAACCUGGACCCCAAUUUAAAAUUUGCUGCGACACCUCCCUUUGAUGGGACCUUGACAAAGUAUUAUAAGACCAUGAAAGAUUUCGUCUAUAAACUUCCUGAUGAUGUGUCAUUCGAGGAAGGAGCACUAAUAGAGCCAUUAUCAGUGGCAAUCCAUGCUAAUAAAUUAGCAAAGAUCAAGUUUGGAGCCCGUUGCGUCGUCUUUGGAGCUGGGCCCAUAGGUUUGCUAGCCGGGAAAGUAGCCAGUGUCUUUGGUGCUGCAGAUGUUGUUUUUGUAGAUCUAUUAGAAAACAAGCUGGAAACGGCUAGGCAGUUUGGUGCCACCCACAUCGUCAACUCAGGUGAUCUCCCACAUGGCGUUACUGUAGAUAGUGUUAUAAAAAAAGCAAUCGGCAAGAAAGGUGCUGACGUUGUGUUUGAAUGUUCUGGUGCAGAGCCUUGCGUUCGAGCAGGCAUCGAAGUCUGUAAGGCAGGUGGAACGAUCGUUCAAGUUGGAAUGGGACAAGAGGAAAUACAAUUUCCCAUCUCGAUCAUUCCAACAAAAGAACUGACAUUCCAAGGCUGUUUCCGAUACUGUCAAGGUGAUUAUAGUGACUCCAUCGAGCUAGUCUCUAGCAGAAAACUCUCGCUUAAACCAUUCAUUACACAUCGCUAUAGCUUUAAGGAUGCUGUCGAGGCAUUCGAAGAAACAAGCCACCACCCGUUAAAUAAUAUCAAGACGAUCAUUGAGGGCCCGGAAUGA